AUGAAUGGCUGGUUGGUGGGCGUGGUAACCAAUUCGCGCACGGAUCGAAGUCAUUCGCGUACGUCGCACCUUACUGUCCAAAAUCCAGUUGACUCAUUCAGGAUCAUCAGGCGACGAAGCACUUCCCGUCCACUUCAUUUUGUAGAGGUCUCAGCGAUCCGCAUGCU